AUGGAACCUCACGGUUUCAAAAAAGUUAUCAUUGGCCUUAUAUUUUCAAUGACAUUGCUGCCAAGUUCCAGCAGUUCUUCAGCGCCUUGCAACUUUCCAGCCAUCUUCAACUUCGGUGACUCAAAUUCCGACACCGGCGGUCUAUCAGCUGCAUUUGGACAAGCCCCUGCCCCUAACGGAGAGACCUAUUUCCAUGCGCCGGCAGCUGAAAGCUUCGGAUUACCUUAUCUUAGUGCUUACCUGGACUCGGUGGGUUUAAACUUCAGCCAUGGAGCCAACUUUGCAACUGCAGGAUCAACCAUCAGGCGACAAAAUACCACCAUUUUUCAAAGUGGGGCCAGUCCUAUUUCAUUAGAUGUACAGUUGGUUCAAUUCUCAGAAUUCCAUACCAGAUCUAAGAUUAUAAGCAAGCAAGGGGUAUUUCAUAAAUUGUUGCCAAAGGAGGAUUAUUUCUCAAAGGCCUUGUACACCUUUGACAUUGGUCAAAACGAUCUCACUGCCGGCUAUAAGCUUAACCUGACGACAGAGCAAAUUAAGGCAUAUGUUCCAGAUGUGCUCCUUCAGUUAUCUGAAGCUGUUAAGCGAUUAUAUGAUCAAGGAGGAAGAACAUUUUGGAUACACAACACCGGACCGGUAGGCUGCCUACCGUAUGUUCUGGACAGAUUUCUUACCAGUGCGACUCAACUAGACAAAUAUGGCUGCGGCAGUCCAUUCAAUGAGGUGGCUCAGUAUUUCAACCAGAGAUUGAAAGAUGUUGUUAUUCAAUUAAGGAAACAACUUCCUUUAGCGGCGAUUACGUAUGUCGAUGUCUACUCGGUGAAGUACACUCUCAUCAGCCAAGCCAAGAAACUCGGAUUCGAGCUCCCUCUCAUAGCUUGCUGUGGGCAUGGUGGGAAGUAUAAUUUCAACAACUAAUUAAGGUGUGGAGGAAAGAUUACAGUGAAAGGCAAGGAGAUUUUGAUUGCAAAAUCGUGUGGAAAUCCUUCGGUUCGGGUUAACUGGGAUGGCAUUCAUUUCACAGAAGCAGCUAACAGGUGGAUAUUUCAACAAAUCGCCAGUGGCUCCUUUUCUGACCCACCACUUCCAUUGAAAAUGGCUUGUCAUUUGUCAAAGGAUGGAGCAAUGAAUAAAUUCAGGUGAAGGAAAUCAAUGUGUAAGUGCUCAUUUUGACGCACGAUAGUUUGGCCUUAAACCCUUAAUAGUGGCAGAUUGAUACAUGCAUAUCAUAUCAGGAUUGUAUUCGGGGAAGGAGAGUAAUGCGAGCCUUUGGUAAUGUCCAUUAGCUUAAUAACAUCUCAACAUUUAUUCCUUUA